AUGAGCUUGAACGAAAACAAUGAACAGAAUCCUUAUUCUGGUAAUUCACCGACAAUGAGUCUUGGCGAAAACCGGAAUGACACUUCGCACCCGCCCCGUGGGAACGGCUCCGCGCUCGUCUCUCUUGAUUGUCUGAUCGACUUGCUAAGGCGGGUGGCAGAUAACUCGCUUGGCUUUAGUGAUGUGGUUUUCGGAGCGAUCUCUCUUGUAGCUCAGCAACUGCCAUUUUUAGGCUUGAUAUAUCAAAUUGUAUAA